CCUCUUUUGUCUGUCCAGUAACUGUUGUGAUCUUAUAAUGAUAUCACCUCGUUUCUGAUAUUUAGCAUUAUUAAGCAAAUAUGCUGUAUAGUCAGAAAUCAUUGGGUUAUUAAUAGUUUCUAACCAUCUUUGAGUCACUUGUAUUGCUCAUAAGAAAAGUUUCUCCACAAUGCUGGAAAAUACUCUUGGGGAGACUUUAAGAAUGGCCCAUCAAUUUCUGGGGAGAAUAAAGGGGAAUUUCUCAUGGAUGAUAGGAUUAGUUUUGUUGAGCUGAAGAAUGGGGGGAGAGGGGCAGGCUAGAAGGCAUAGCUGCACCGGCUGUUCAAAGUUUAGACGAGCAUUGCCAAAUCUUUUUUCUUGAGGUGCAUGUGUUUCCCCCCCUAAAAAGGAGGAGAAAAAAUUGUUUCAAUUGUUUUAUCAUUAGUAAAGGCCCCACCUUAAAGCAACCUACCUUAAAGCUGAGGAGAGGUGGGUGACAUUCCCUUUACAAUCUAUCAGAUGCUUCAAUAUCAACUGGAAGGAUCGCUGUAGAGUGGUGUAGUGCACAAUUGCCUUAUGCAUAUGUAUGCCCAAAGGAAGCAAGAACUGGAGCAUGGCAUCUUAAAGUUAGUGAAGAGCACAAACCCCAAAGCAACAGGCCAGUCCUAGUAUAGUUGUCUUAAGUUAGCAUGCAAGUCACCCAUCUUCUUAUCUGAAACAGCAACUUUAAAUACUGAAUUUCUGAAAAUUGUAGAUUUGACAUGUUGCAUUUUUAAAUUUCUGCAGUGCAAACCAAUAUGGAGAAACCUCUGUUUAGGGAGGGGAGAAGAGGUUAAAGAACUCAAUCUUAUGUUGCUAUGGGCAAAAUGAAUAAGUGUUAGAGAAGUGAAUGAUCCCCUCCGGAGUAGACUGAUAUAAUACACUGCAAAUCCAAAAUGAGAAGGUUUGGAUUUCUUCUUUAGACAAAAGCAGCAAAGAGUCCUGUGGCACCUUAUAGACUAAAGCAUGAGUUUUCAUGGGAUUGUCUGGUCCCCCUGGUGCCGGGAAAUCAACAUUUAUAGAAUGCUUUGGGAAAAUGCUUACAGAGAGGGGACACAAAGUGUCUGUGCUGGCUGUGGAUCCGUCCUCUAGCACAAGUGGUGGCUCACUCUUGGGUGAUAAAACACGGAUGACUGAGUUGUCAAGGGACAUGAAUGCUUACAUCAGGCCAUCUCCAACCAGGGGAACGUUAGGAGGUGUGACUAGGACCACAAAUGAAGCUAUUCUGCUGUGUGAGGGAGGAGGCUAUGACAUCAUUCUUGUGGAAACAGUAGGUGUGGGGCAAUCAGAGUUUGCAGUUGCUGAUAUGGUUGAUAUGUUUGUUUUGCUGCUACCCCCAGCAGGAGGAGAUGAGUUACAGGGUAUUAAACGGGGUAUAAUUGAGAUGGCAGAUCUAGUUGCUAUAACUAAAGCUGAUGGAGAUUUAGUUGUGCCUGCACGGCGGAUACAAGCAGAAUAUGUUAGUGCUAUGAAACUACUUCGCAAGCGCUCUAAGGUUUGGAGACCAAAGGUAAUGCGCAUGUCUGCUAAAACUGGAGAAGGCAUUUCAGAUAUGUGGGAUAAGAUGACAGAAUUUCAUGAUCUCAUGCUUACAAGCGGUGAGUUGGUCACCAAACGACGGAAACAGCAGAAAGUGUGGAUGUGGAAUCUAAUUCAAGAAAAUAUGCUGGACCAUUUUCGGAGUCAUUUAGCAGUGAGGGAUAAGAUUCCACUUUUAGAAGAAAAGGUUCUCAGUGGUGUCUUGUCUCCAGGGCUGGCAGCAGACCUAUUACUGAAAGCAUUCAAAGACAGACCUUAAGAUACCAUGUUCUACUGUGUCAUUGAUCAAUUUGCACAAAUUCUUUAAACAGUAAAUAAAAUUUUCCGAAGCAUGGCUUCAAAUCUUUAUUACUGCAGCAUACUUGAAUGUAGCCCUAGACUAAAUUUAUUUUCUGACUCGGGCAAAGAUAAUACACAUGACGAACAAAGCUAGUUUCUGGGACUACCACAGAUUAUAUUCAAAAAGAAAAAUGUACACUUCUAAAACUCUUAUUUGAGUAUAGCAUAGUUAAGGAUGGUGAUUGUUUUAAAGCUUUUAAUGAGAUUGUAAUAGAAAUUAUUAAAACAAAAUAACUUUGUGGUACAAUAAGCUAGUUAUUUGUUUGCCUGUGUUCCAGAUAUUUCAGCACGUGUCCUGUUACAUUUACCAACAAAUCCCCAAUACAAAACAGGGGUAGGUGUAACUAAAACUGCUCUUGGGCUCACCUAAAUGUCUUUUACUGGAGGGGUCAUCUGUUUACAUGACUGUUAAAUUUUACAGUGCAUACAUGACCUAUCAGUAUAACUUACCAAAAACCUGAUUCAGUCAACACUUACAGCAGUAAGCACAUUAAAGGAUGAGUCUCCAAAGUCUCAUUUACAUAACAAAAAUAAUUGUUUAAACAUGGCUAUGGUACAGCACAGUUUACUGCUGCUGGAGCCUACUGUGGUUUAAGCACAGUUAGGGCCACAAUUAGAUUGUAUCCAUGCUACAGAUUUCAGCUCUGAUAUAGCAGUAGAUGCUGCAAGGGGAGCUGUUGCCAGCAUGGAUCAUUGCCCCUCUCCUCACUGUGAGUGACAACAAAAGUGUUGGGUGAUGCAUAAUCAUCUAAGCAGAACCUGUUCUUUGUGUUAGAAACAAAUAUAGCAUUGAAGCAUCCCUGCCUGGGAGCUAUAUUCAUCCAAGGAAACACCCUACUGGUGCCUCCUGAAUAGACAUUUUUUAAAACAGAAGGUAAAGUUACAUUAGGUAUCUUUUCUUUAAUAUAGCUAGUGAUAAAAGACUUCAAGUAGAAGCCGCAUCACAGUUUCUUUAGUUAUGAAAAUGGCUAUCUUUAUAACUGACUAUAUUAAAAAACACAACUUUGUCUAUAGUGAUUUAAGGCCAUUUGGCUGGAUGAAAGAGCUUCAGUUUCUAAACAAAAUGACUUUCUCCUGUUAAAUUCAACUUAAAUACUUUGACUAUCUGGGAGCUGUAUGUACAUUUUGAUAUCCUUUAAUAAUGAAUUGGAGGAUCUUCUAAAAUAUUAUUUGGAAAACAUGGUCUAUUUGGCAGAAAUUUAUUAUUAUAGAAAAAAAAUGCCAAUUUUGGAGACUGCAGAAAAGCAAUAAAACAAUAAUUGGAGUUCUAUGAAGAAUUCUUUCGAUCUUGCAUAGGUAAAUUGAAUUUUUGAAUUAUGUUAAAAGCUGUGAUAUUUGUUUUCUUGGCUUCCCUGACAAACUUGAUUUUGCAUCUAUAUUUCUCUAGAUCUUCAGGCUUUUUUUUUUAAACUUUUAGCUAACUCAUAGUACAUCAGGAAAGUUAACUUUAGCUUUUGAAGACCCUAGGAGUUUUUUUAUCCUUAUCUAAUAAGGAUGAUUCUUCUUUGUCUAACUCAUGCUACUUUAAUUCUUAUUACCAGGAUUAAAGUUAGUUCUCUGACAGCUGUUGCCUUAUUUUCCUGUACACUUCAUUACGGUUAAAAAAAA